AUGUUUGUCCGCGGUAUUGCCCUCCUGCCUCUUGUUCCAAAAUUUUGCAAUAGACUAUUGAACACUCAUGCUCGUGUUAUGUGCCCUAUGAAGAUUGGCAUGCCCAAUCUCUCACCAACAAUGGAACAAGGGAAAAUUCUUAAGUGGACCAAAAGGGAGGGUGAAACUAUUGAAGCCGGUGAUAUUAUUUGUCAAGUGCAGACAGAUAAAGCUGUCAUGGAUAUGGAAUUUGAGGAAGAAGGAGUCCUUGCCAAGAUUGUCCAACACGAAGGAAGUGAAAGCAAGGUUGGUGAGAUCAUUGCCAUCCUUGCCGAACCUGACGAAGAUUGGCAGGAAGUUAACAAAAAUGCUGAUGCGUUCAUUGCUUCGCUUAAGUAA